AUGCGUCGCAAUACCAACUCUCAAUCCUACGCAACCGGCAUCAAAGUUUUCAGCGUCAAGGCCGGUCAAGAAGCCGAUUUCCAGUUCAACUUAAACAGCAAGAUCCGGCAUCCUGCGCCUCUCUGCAAAUCUUCAUGCCCAGGGCGCCCGACAAUGUCGACAUUACCGCAGCUCCAGCGCGGCGGCCCCUCUCCUAUCGUUGAGAAUCUUGCUGCAUACCAACCCCACGAUCCUACGUUGAUGUUCAACAUGUACAUCAAUCCUCGGCCUACAUUUGGACCACAUCCUGGUCCAGUUGUGUGGCCUGGUGAUACCAAGAUUGAUUCUGGGAUCAAUACGAGUGCCUCUAGUGCUGCCCCUACGGCAUCUGCUUCAGCAGCGGUACCUCCAUCUCCUUCCGCAGCCUUGACCGCUGCUGUUGCUUCGUCUGCCACGCCAGUUAUCAGUACGCCGCCUUGA